UGGUGUUUGCGACAAGGUCGUUGAAGCGAGGAAAUUUUCUAUUUAUUUAUUUAUAAUUGGUAAAAUCAAAUUAUUUUUAAAAGCAAGUUUUCAUUUAUAUUAAACUGUUUUAAACCCAUUAUUGCACAAGAAACCACAUAGUAUUUGUGUUAAAAGAAUAAAAACUUACAGAUCUCCUAAAUAUAAUUUGGUAAACUCUAUUUAAAUCUGUGUAUAUAGAGUAGAGUGAAUUGUAACAAAAACACUUAAUAAUUUAAAAUAUUUCAGGCAAGGAAAUCAUUCAUGAUAGAAAAAAAUUACACAUAUAACCCUAUAGUCGUUUACUUAAGGAGAAAACAAAAAGCUCUAAUAUGAUAGUUGUGUAAUAAUGCACACAUACAAAAAAUAUAUAAAAUUUAUUGAAAAUGCUCUUUCACUCUCUCUUUCCAUUGUAUCAUCUUCUUUCUUUAUUUCUUCUUUAUACCCCCAAAACCAAAUAAGGUAAUGAUAAUUGCACCUCAUUUGAAGAUUUCUGGACCAUUCCUGCAACGAUUGAUACACCGAUUCACAUGAAUUUGUUUCUCUAUUUGGGAGUUUGCAAUAAUUUUAAUUUUUGCAAAAAUCAAUAUAAAAUGAUAUUUUGCGUAAAGAAAAUGCCGUAGAUGUAUGAUCAUGUGAUGGUCCACAACUUCACUUUCCUCUCACGAGAAAUCAUAGAUGUUUUACCAGCAACAGUCUCUCAAGUAAGAAACAUUCGUUUUUUCACAAGACGAAAUUUCAUCUCUUACAAGAUUCCGGCGAGUCACAGUCAGGUACGCCGUCUCAGAACACUCGAUCUGAGUUACAAUCAGCUCAAAAGUAAUAGCUUCACUGUCUCUCACUCUCUCCGUCGUCUUUCUAACAGUCAAAAGUAUUUAAAAUAUAAUAAUAUAACAUGUAUGUGUCACAGUCCAGUCUAUGCAAUUCAGAUAUGUAUGUAAAAUAUACCAAUUGUCCAAUUAUUUUUAAUGGUCCUUAGUUAUUUAAGUUGUUGUCGGCUAUUUUAAAUAAUUAUCUAGACAUUAUUAUUGUUAGCUCAGUUUUCUGAUCAGUAGUCGUUUAUCACUAUAGACUCAAAAUCGUAGACUAUUCUCAUAUCUAAUAAAUUAAGUAGUGUAUUUCAAUUAUCCAGAUAUUAUUAUUGUUAGUUGGAGUUUUCGAUUAAUGGUCCGCUAACUUAAAUAAUUAUCCGGACAUUACUAUCGUUAGCUUGAUUUUAGAUCAGUAGUCGAUUAUUACUAUAUAUUCAAACUUUUAGAUUAUUCUCUUAUCUUCUAAGUUAUGUAGUGUAUAUCAGUUAUCCAAAUAUCAUUAUUGUUAGUUGGAUUUUUUGAUUAGUACUCGGUUAUCAUUUAUAGACUCAAACCAAAAAAUUAUUGAAGUAGUUAAUGUAGUGUUUUUAGUACAUAUUACUAAUAGUGCCACCCGGUGCAAUAUUUUAAUUGUAUGAAAUAUAUAAAAAUGCCGGAACAUAAUAUAUGAGCUCAUGAAUCCACUGAAAGAGAGGAGGAGCAUGUAAAGAACAAAAUCAAAUGAGACGUAAUGUUUGUUAAUCAUCCCAACAAGUUAUGUUGGAUUAUGAAUAAAACAGCCAGAAAAACAUAAUUGACAAAUAUUCCCAUAGCUAACCUUGCUGAUGAGGGAGCUAGCAAGAAUGCAAACAUCUAUGCCAUUGUAACUUAACAUAAAGUAAGUCAAGACUGAAACAAAACAAAAUGUUCCAAACAGUUUAAGAACCUUGAAGAUCAAUAAUUAAAAAGCUUGACAUGAAAUUGCCGUACCAUGAGCGUUAAUUAUGAGGGUUAAAUGUCUUUGGAGAACAUCUGUCACCAGAAGAAAAUGAUAAUGUUACACUUAAGAUUAACACGAACAAACAAUAAAUAUUUUUAAAAAGAUAAUAACAUUACAAAAAUAUAUUUUGAAGUAUAAAAAUCAUCACAAUGAUCCAAACCCAAAUACUGAUAUUACUCAAAUUACCCUAAGGAGUGAUUUAUACUCACUCAAAUAAGAGGUCGAGUUGUAGCACUUAGGGAUAAAAUUCACAGGGAGCUAGGUCACACAAAAGAUUUAAUAGUUAUAUGAUUAAGCUACGCUUAUAGUUUUAAUGUAAAUAGCAGUGGUGAGCAAGGUAGUUGCUCGGUUAAUUAAAUGAAUUGUCUGAUGAAAGGAUGGUUGCUAGAUCUAAGGUUUCUAUUCAGGUAAUCAUGAUUAUAAUGAUAUAGAAACUAAUUGUUGUAUGCAAGAUAUUAAAGAGCUCAACACUUAUAAGAAAAAAUCGAUCAGCGUUCGCUUUCUAGAUUCGUCUAUUGACUAGAUCUAAUGACCUCAACAAUAGUUUGAUGAAAGGAUGGUUGCUAGAUCUAAGGUUUCUAUUCAGGUAAUCAGGAUUAUAAUGAUAUAGAAACUAAUUGUUGUAUGCAAGAUAUUAAAGAGCUCAACACUUAUAAGAAAAAAAUCGAUCAGCGUUCGCUUUCUAGAUUCGUCUAUUGACUAGAUCUAAUGACCUCAACAAUCAUUUGUCGAUCAAUUAGAAAGUGUCGAUCGAUGAUUCUAGAGGAAUAUCGAUCGAUACACCUUUCACGACAUCGAUAGAUUAUUCUACUGGAAUAUCGAUCGACACACUUCUAGCAAGCUUUGCGUGCGGGUUGAUAAAGUACUCAAUUGGGUUCUUAGAUCAGUUAUCACAUGUUUCUAGCAAUCCUAGUUCAAUGAGGAUCUAUUCCGAGAAAAGACCAAGCUAUCACUUGUGCCUAAUGAUUCUAAGAUCAGGGUUCUAGUUCGCGACUCUAGAACACAAGCAAUAAGAACAUCCUAUUGAUGAAUAUCACAACCUAGCAAUUCAAUAUUUGGGGCUAAUCCCUCAUAACCAAUUUGAAUCCUAAACCUAACAGGUGGAUCUAUUCAAGCAUGAAGUUUGUCACAUAAAUCAUAGAUGAAUAGAUAUAAAACUGCAAGAGAAUAGAUAUAAAAACCAAAGGAGUUACAGGAGGUCACCAAAAGAGUUCCUCCUUUCUCUCCUAACCUAGAACAAGAACAAAAGAAAGCGUAGCCAUCAACAAUGGCUUAGAAAACACAUAAAUAGGGGUUUAGGUCGUCCAAGGGUAUUCUGGUAAUUUGUGGUUGCUUAUGGGCUUCAGUCGGUCAUAAAAUAUGCUCAACCAAUAUUCUGGCAUUACCGUCGAUCGAUGGCAAGGGUGCACCGUCGAUCGACAGUCCUUCAUCUCCUCGACAGCUUUCUCUCGCGAGGCAGACUAACCACUCUUCAGUAAAACGGGCAUAAAGACUGCUAUAGGAUGCUGAUUGACCUCAAACCUGUGGCAUUGGAAAGAUAACGCAAAGAUAUAUCUUGUGUCAAACGAUGGGCUAAAUCUAACGGUGGAAAGGUCUCCAUCCAUUGAUCAAAAUAUGACGCGUAUGUGCAGCUCUGCACUCAAAAGACUCCAAAAGGCACCAAAAUCACCACUUUCCUCCAGAACGUCCCUUAACCUGUAAACACUCUAAAUAGACUCUAUAUCGUAGUAAAUAUAUUUUAAAAUACUUAUAAACCAUAGAUAAAAGUGGGUAAAAUCCAUGGUCUAUCAAAUACUAAAAAAAGCUAUGAGAUUUAGAAUGCAAUACUUACUCCCAUUUACCUGACAUAGCCUCUUCCACCAUUGCCUUCCAUUCUUCAUCAAGAUUAUCACCAUCCAUGACAGUCAUCCAUGUCAGGUUCGUUGUUGUCAGUUAUAUAGUAUGUUCUCCAGGACAUGCUUCUUAAGGCAUAACAACUUUGUCGACAAUAACGAAGAAGAAGAGAGAAAGCUUUAUUUUCUUCCUUCUCGUUGUCAUCCCUUAACUCAAAUCAAAAUCCAAACUUUGAUAAAACUCAUUUUACAAAUCAGAUAAAAAGAGUAGCUUUACCAUAUGUAUCGUAAAAAAUAUCCUUCAAGAGGAUAAGAUUUAGAGGCAUUACAAAAUUUGAUCUACGUGGAGACGAACCAUAGUGAUAGAAAUUGGAAUCUAUCUCCGUUUUGGGAUCAAAUAAAUGGGAACUUCUCAAUUUCUCUUAAAAUUCUUUGUACGCUUUUUCUAAAAAUAAAAAAAAUUCAAUUAUUGUUAAAAAAAUUAAGAGGGAUUUGAAUAGUAAAGAAUGAAAAAGUACAUGGGAGAUUGAAAGUUUGAAACUAUGAAAUAUAGAGAUCAACGUCAUAAUCAUAAAAGUGAUAUUCUAGAAUGUGAUUGUGAUACGUCGUGAGGCCCGACUCGUACUUUGUUUGUAAAUAGCAAAAGAAAAGAAAAUUAAGGAAAGGACAAAUAAGUCUUUGACACCCAAUUUGUGUUCUGUUAAAUAAUCUUGAUCCCUUUGUCUUCUCUGACGAAACCAUUCGGCUGAAGCAAUGUCGUCUUUUGUGCUAAAGUUACAUAUUCCUUCGGUGGUGUCGGUGCGAAACACCAAACUACCCGGGCGGAGUGUCAGUGACUGCGGCCGGAAUUGGUCGGGACUUCCAAAAUCGAAGAGCAGACGAGGCAAUGGUCUCUGUUGUAAGGCGGAGCUGUCGGAGCUAGCUCCAGCCGUCUCAGCGGGUUAUGGUGUUCUUCUUCUAGGAGGCGGUCUCUUCGCCUAUAGCAAAUCUGGAAGCAAGGGUUCUCUCUUUGGGGGUUUGACUGGCUCUGUCCUUAUGGCUUCUGCCUACUUCCUUACAAAAUCUCCUGAGACAAGAGUCCUUGGCGAUACCAUAGGACUUGGCGCUGCCUUCCUCUUCUCUUCUGUCUUUGGGUUUCGUUUGGCGUCUUCCCGGAAACCGGUCCCUGCAGGCCCGCUACUACUCCUUUCUAUCGCCAUGUUGUCAUUCUUUGUAAUGGCCUAUAUGCACGACAGUUUACCUGUGGCUGUAUCAGUACCAGAUGCGUUACCUCUACCUUAAUAGCCUUUAUGAGAGAGCAUGGGCUUUUAGCCAGAUUGGAAUGUUCUCAAAGAACUGUUUUGCCCACACACCCAAUAAGUAGCGCAAGGCUUUGUAAGGCGAAUGUUGAGUGGAUAAUGUUUGUUUGUGGGUUGUUGCUAAAUCAAACACAGAUACAUCAUCUUUUCUGACAGAAGUUUGUAGCGUUUUGAACUUGAAUGAUCAAUGCUGAAUAAGAGAACGUUGAAUAUUCAGUGACGU